AUGUUUAGCGACUCCGAUUCCUUUACUUAUUCCCCCAGCAUCCUAAAACAGCUUGAGCAGCAAAACGCAAUCCUUGAAGAAGAAAAUAAGCAGCUUCGAGCAACAUCAUAUUUAAAAGGCGAGCUUGAAAAAACCCGAACUGAGCUCAUAAGAAUGACUUCCCUUAAAGAGCAAUUUGAAGAAAAAUACAACGAAAUGGCUGUGAAAUGCAUGUACUUAGAAAUCGAAGACUCAAUGAUUUAUGAUGAAAACGAACAAAUCACGCUUUUAAACAAAAAAAUUGAAAUGCUGAUGCAUGCAAAUGAAGAUCUAAGAAAAGAAGCAAAAAAGUCUAAAGAGGAAGCUUUGAAAUAUCAGAUGGAAAAUGUGAGGUUGCUAGAAGAUCUAGAGAGGUACAGAAAGGAAGCUUAUAAAUUAAAAGAAAAUAAAGGACAGAAAGAGAAGGCUGUCAAAGGGAAUGAUAAACCAAGUGUCCCAGAGAUGCAGCAUGUAAUCGUUAGUGAAGAAAGGGUAGAGCCUUGUGAGUAUCCAAAUAAAUCGCCAAGCCCAAGGAUUGAGCCUAAGAAAAGUAAACAAGCUGUAACUGUCAGAAAAUCAGCCCCAGUCCAAAUAACGACUCAGCCAACUUUUAAUUUUGCGCUUUCGUCGCCUAAGUUUUGUGCUACUCCAACAGUAUCUGCAUUAUCUCCUCGUCAAAAAGCAUCACCUAUAAGAACAGCUACAAAUCAGCAUGCAAAAUCUCAAUAUUUGCCAAGCUUUUUGAGGAGUAAACGAAUAAUUCGAAAAGAUAAAAAGCCAACUCCAAGAAAUUCAAAUGGAAGCACUCAGUUUGAAAUGCCUGUUGAUUAA